AUGCAACUGGAUAUAAACAAUGAGAGAACCCUUUUCGUCAAGGGAUUUGAUCGAUCCCAUAACAAGGACGAUAUCAAAAGCGCAUUGAUUGAACAUUUCGCUCCUUGUGGAGAGAUCACAAGGGUUUACGUUCCCUAUGCGUGUACAACGGGUGCUUCCAUAGGAUAUGCUUUCAUUGAUAUAAGUAAUGAUAAUGGCAAGGCGUUAACACUGGAUGGAAGUUACAUGGGAGACAGGAAGCUUAAGGUUGUCAAGGGUACGCUGAGACCUGAAUUCAAUUGUUAUGUAGGCUAUCCUAAUUGUCCACAUUAUCUUCGUUACAUAAACGACAUGGUCAAUAAAAGCUUUAGGGAAAGACAUAGAGGCCGUUUACGUAGGCUCACCCAGGAUCUACAAGACCCAUCAGGCCGAGUUUGA